AAAAACAUUUUUACUAGAAUUAUGUGAUCGAAAGAAUGAACUAUGUUGCUGAACGUUAAAUGUUGUGUUUUUGUAUUUGUAGCUACCGUUUGUUUUGCCAACUUGCUAAUUGGUUAGCUAGCUACAUGGCUAUGCUAAUCCCUGUAAGGCUGGCUAACUUGUUAGCUGUUGACAACAUUUAGCUGCUAGCUAGCUAGUUAAUAACACUUAGUCAAUUUGUAAGUGUAGCCAAUUUAAUUGAGCUCUUAUUUCUCUCUAGAAGUAGCUAGAAACACAAAAGCUUUGGAAUCCAUAAUGAGUCAGCAAGGGCAGCUAGAACUAGCAGUGGCUAGAUCGGCAGUUAGCAGUAGCUAGCCAGUUAGCAGUGGCUUGCCAAUCCUAUCACCAGAGAAGGAAGAGGUGACAUCCCACUCCCUAUUUUCUUCUGGUUCUUAUAACGUUACGGCGAAAUAAGCAGACCAGACCCAGCUGCUAAUGCAUUGGUGCAUACUAAAACAUUUUUUAGUAUUAAACUGUCUGGAUUUUCUGCCAUUCAUUUGUGAUGCCUGCAGGGGUGUUUUCUGCCUUGAACACAGAAGUCGAGAUUUGCACGCUUGUCCUGUGGUGGACGUUAAAAAAGAAGUCCAGAUAUCUGGUGGCUGUACGAGAUACCCAUGCACAUUUGAAGACUGCAAAGGGAAAGAACUGUUGCCAGUCAUUUGUCCACACUGUCAGAAACAUUUCUGUUUGGCCCAUCGUCACCAAGAUGACCACAAGUGUGAUAAACUGGAAACGCCCAAGCCUCGCAUGGCUGCCACACAAGCGCUCGUGCAGAAGAUUGUAGAGUCCAAGAAGGCUUUGCCUCCGAGGAAAGGUCGCAAGGGAGUAAAGAACGCUGCAACAGCAGCCAAGGUGACUUUGAUGAAACUAAAGCUUCAUGCUGAGGGAGACAAGGGACUGCCACAGACAGAGAGGACCUAUUUCAAUGUCUUCCUUCCCAGAGAGGGCAAAGACUCCAGCCUGCCUAUGUUUUUCUGUUCCAAGUGGAGUGUGGGGAAAGUAGUGGACUACGCCGCCUCACUGGCCAGCCUCAAGAACAACAACAACGUACUAACGGCUAAGAAGCUGCGGCUGUGCCACCCCCAGACGGGCGAAGCUCUCAAGAUGGACGACACCCUUCUCUCCAUGCUGGCUCACCCAGACUCGCCCCUCUACAACGGGGGCGACGUGAUCCUUGAGUACCUGGACAACGACUGCUCAGGCCUGGAGGACACCUCUGCCUACAUCCCACAGUCCUGACUCGCACACGACACUGAUGGUCUAAAUCAUUUUGAGUCGUUGGAAUACUUUGAACAUGUGUUUUUUUAUUUAGGAUAUUAAAGUUUUGAUUUACGGCAGUU